CAUUUCACAGGCUGACGUGUCCCUGUGGGCACCUGGCAAGGACCACCAGCCACACGCGGAGCGGCUGCGAAUUCUUCCGAGCAGAAGGGCUCUCCCUGCCCCCUCUCCCGCUCAGCUUGCUCGGCCCCCCGCCGCCUCCUCUCCGCCCACUCUCGCCGCGGUCUCCAGGCGGCGGCUUUGUCUCGUGGGCUGCUCCCUGGCGGCUCCCUCCCCUGAACAGCUGCCGCCCGAGGGAGGACCAGGUGCGGGAGCUGUCCGGAGCCCCGGUGCUGAAACUCCGAACCCUCGUCAUCCACCACUACCAUGUAAGGCCAUGAAAAGGGCUCGUCCUGGCGCAGCGCGGACAUGGAGGAGGACUUAUUCCAGCUCAGGCAGCUGCCGGUGGUGAAAUUCCGUCGCACAGGUGAGAGUGCAAGGUCUGAGGACGACACAGCUUCGGGAGAGCAUGAGGUCCAGAUCGAAGGGGUCCGAGUGGGCCUAGAAGCUGUUGAGCUGGACGAUGGAGCAGCUGUGCCCAAGGAAUUUGCCAAUCCCACUGAUGAUACUUUCAUGGUGGAAGAUGCGGUGGAAGCCAUUGGGUUUGGAAAGUUUCAGUGGAAGCUGUCUGUGCUCACCGGCUUAGCUUGGAUGGCCGAUGCCAUGGAGAUGAUGAUCCUGAGCAUCCUGGCUCCACAGCUGCACUGCGAGUGGCAGCUCCCCAGCUGGCAGGUGGCAUUGCUGACCUCGGUGGUCUUCGUAGGCAUGAUGUCCAGCUCCACGCUCUGGGGGAAUAUCUCUGACCAGUACGGCAGGAAAACGGGUCUGAAGAUCAGUGUGCUCUGGACUCUCUACUACGGCAUCCUCAGUGCUUUUGCACCUGUGUAUAGCUGGAUCCUGGUGCUCCGAGGCCUGGUGGGGUUCGGGAUUGGAGGGGUCCCCCAGUCGGUGACACUGUAUGCCGAGUUUCUUCCCAUGAAAGCCAGAGCCAAAUGUAUUUUGCUGAUUGAGGUCUUCUGGGCCAUCGGGACAGUGUUCGAGGUCAUCCUGGCCGUGUUCGUGAUGCCCAGCCUGGGCUGGCGCUGGCUGCUCAUCCUCUCGGCUGUCCCGCUUCUCCUCUUCGCUGUUCUGUGCUUCUGGCUGCCGGAGAGUGCGAGGUACGACGUGCUGUCCGGGAACCAGGAAAAGGCAAUCGCCACCUUAAAGAGGAUAGCAACAGAAAAUGGAGCCCCCAUGCCACUUGGGAAGCUCAUCAUCUCCAGACAGGAAGACCGAGGCAAAAUGAGGGACCUUUUCACACCCCACUUCAGAUGGACAACGCUGCUGCUGUGGUUUAUAUGGUUUUCCAAUGCGUUUUCUUACUAUGGUUUAGUUCUCCUCACCACUGAGCUCUUCCAGGCGGGGGACAUCUGCAGCAUCUCCAGUCGGAAGAAGGCAGUAGAAGCGAAAUGCAGCCUGGCCUGUGAGUACCUGAGUGAGGAGGACUACAUGGACCUGCUGUGGACCACUCUCUCUGAGUUUCCAGGUGUUCUUGUGACUCUGUGGAUCAUUGAUCGCCUGGGCCGCAAGAAGACCAUGGCCCUAUGCUUCAUCAUCUUCUCCUUCUGCAGCCUCCUGCUGUUCAUCUGUGUUGGAAGAAAUGUGCUCACUUUGUUACUCUUCAUUGCAAGAGCGUUUAUUUCUGGAGGCUUCCAAGCUGCCUAUGUUUACACGCCUGAGGUCUACCCCACGGCGACGCGGGCACUGGGCCUGGGCACCUGCAGUGGCAUGGCGAGAGUGGGUGCUCUCAUCACUCCGUUCAUUGCUCAGGUGAUGUUGGAGUCAUCCGUGUACCUGACCCUGGCGGUUUACAGUGGCUGCUGCCUCCUGGCUGCCCUGGCCUCCUGCUUUCUGCCCAUCGAGACCAAAGGCCGAGGACUACAGGAGUCCAGCCACAGGGAGUGGGGCCAGGAGAUGGUUGGCCGAGGGGCUCACGGAGCCGGUGUCGCCAGGUCGAACUCUGGCUCUCAGGAAUAGUGACCCCUGCGGGGCUGAGCUGGUCUUGGAGGCUGUAGAGCCUGGGGAGCUGGCAGAGCCCAGCUGAGCCACUCAUGGUCACUGGUGACGUCAAGAAUUCACUCAAGGGUGACCUGGACCAACAGGGCUCUGUGUCGUGACUCUGUUUGCCCAUAUUCAUUGAGGUCCACCGGGGAUGGGGAGGCAUUUGCUCUGGGUGUCUGUGUGUCGGGGGAAAGUUUACUAAUAACCUGUGGAUCUGCAUGGGAAAACUGCCACCGCAGGAGGGGUAGGGAUACUGGCUGCUAAACAGUCACCUGCCCACACCCUCAGUGGCAACCACCGAAAAAAAUCUGUAGAUACACUCCAGGCCCUCCAUAAAUAGACCUAUUCAGUAAGUGUCUCCUACACUCCAGGCCCCAGGUUUUCUUCUUUGAAAUAACAGGUGACCUAGGUGUGUGGCCCGAGGUCCUGAGUUCUCUCAGCAGGGCCCUUCUGACUGGCUCCCUAGAGUCUGCCUGGUGGGGACUCUGGCAGAUAGACAUGUUUGAAAUGGAGCCGUGUGCGCCCACCUUGCCCUCUCUGAGGUUGCUCUCUCUGGCUCCUGGGGAUCCAGUUGUGUCCCUGGGGAGAGCUAGAAAAGCUGUUACCCCACUCCAACCUGGAAAUUGGGGACUAAAGCCCAAAGGAAAGGAAGCCGCAGCAGGAGCCUCUCCUUCUGAAGCCAGGGUGUCUUUUCUGGCCUUCUCCUGGGUCAGGCUGAAUGGUGACUCUGGGGGAAAGAAAACAGCUCACUCAGGUUUCAGGGGUUUGGAUUUUGUGGGUAGGUAGAUGGCUGAAUGGGCAGAGAAACCCAUUGUGACAUUAAUCACUGGCUCUGGUCAAGGUCUGGGGAUCAGGAAUACUGAUGUGUACCCCUGCCCUCAAUACGUGUCCCAUUUCUGUGCUGCCCCCUCUGUCUGGAGCUGUCCUUGUCCUUACAGAGGCAGCUCCUGGCUUUCAGUAAUGGAGCCCACAGCAGAGAUGCCCUGGAAUGGGGAGGAGCAGGAGGGCAUAGGUGUGUGCAAGGCGUACAUUUCAGAGGAGAAGGAAGAAGGCCCUUGAGCAUGGGGUUGGCCCAAGAGGAGGGGCUGGAGCUAGGUCUCCACAGACUACAUCCACUCCCAGGAUUGGGUCUUCCCUGUGGUGAAGACGGGGACCUAGAGAAGGAGGGAGGAAGCUGCAGAUCCCAUCAAAGGCCAGAGAAAAUAGACCCAUUGCUCGAAGUAAACAUUGCAAGGAAGCCAAAUGUGUGCGUUCAUCUCUUAUUAAAACAUGUUGGUGAUGGACAUCGCAAGGUCUACGUUUGGUCACUUGUCAUAAAGUCCUAGUGACAGUUCAACUUAAUGGUCUUAUUAACUUUGUCCAUCUGAAUUGAUCUCAAUGCUUUGUCGUGAUAACCUCUUCUCUAAUGGGCUGUGGGGAGGACACACAGUUGGCUGGUGACAUUGAGACCAUGAUGGAUGACAUCUUCAGGCCUAGAUCAAUAGCAAGCAAUCCCAUGUCCCAGGCAGGCCGACAGGAGACUGCUUGGCAGGCCAGUCUCUUUUGGACAUCCCCUUGUUCUUGAACUAUGAGCAGCUGUGGCUCUGAUUAUUCGUAGAUGACUGAGUUCUCCUGGGUAGCACAGAACCUUCACUUGUUUUUUUUGCCUUCCAGCUGGUCAGAUGCUGGCAGAUAAUCAUUUCCACCUCUUCACGCUCCAAUAUCCAGGCGAGCUGAGGACUGGGUGGGGAGGGAGUGCCUUGUGAGCGGGAAUGUUUUCCAGGGGCUGGAUGAAGGGGAUCACGGUUUUCCAAUUGAGAAAAAGGAAAUUAAAAACUCUUUGCCUACUAAAUAGCCUACCCCUUAAAAAAAAAAAUCAGUAUUGGGUAAGUAAUUUAGCUCAGUGGUGCCAUACCUGCCUCACAAGCGCAAGAUCCUGAGUUUGAUCCCCAGUACCACAAAAAAAAAAACCCCAAAACAAAAAUCAGUAUUAUCAAAUAAUAUAAGAACUGCCACAGAAGUCUCCCAAGAGUCUGAAAUACAUGGGGCCUUUAGCUAAAGAUGUUUGCAUCUAUUGAACAAUCCUGUUCAGAAAAGCUCCUGUUUCCAUUAAUAGAAAUGUCAUCUCCAUGUUAGAAAAGAUUUCAGAAAAUGUCCAGAGAUGUUCAGCAGAGCCAGGCUCUACAUUUCUUUCUCUUCAAGUAUUCUUUUUUUUUAUUUUUUGGUGCCAGGGAUCGAACUCCGGUCCUUGCGCUUGUGAGGCAGGUGGCGGAACCACUGAGCUAAAUCCCCGGCCCCUUCUUCAAGUAUUCUUAAGCACACAUAAAUGACCUUGGUGGUAUUGACAAUGAGAUGAAAGAGUAUCUUAGGAAUCAACUUGGAAAGGAAUAUGGAUAUUCAAUGUUUUUAAUAGUGUGAAGCAAUAGAAAGCUCUGGCUGGUGAGAUCGUGAGUCCUCCCCUUGUUUUUUUUGGUACCGGGGAUCGAACUAGGGUCUUUGGGCUUGUGCAGCAGGUGGCGAAACCACUGAGCUAAAUCCCUGGCCCUCUCCCCUUGUUCUUACUAAUAGACCUCCAAGGAUACUUUUAGCUGCAAGUAGCAGUAAACACAGUCCAUCAAGGUUUAAACCUUUAGAACAAUCAUUGCCCACUUAGCAAGAAGCCCAGAGUCAAGCAGAGUGCAGGGAAGUUUCAGCAGCUCCACGGCGGUGUCCAGGACCCAGCUUCUUUUUGCCUUUCCUCUGCAUGCUGUGCAUUUGAUUCUGUGUAAGAGACCUCACAGGCAUGAGAUGGCUGGUAACGUGUGGAGCACCACAUUUAUUGUCAAAGAAAGGUGAAUGGGAAAAAAAUUUCUCUUCCAGAAGGGUCUGUUGUUUUGGAUUGGAAAGGAAAGUCCUCCCCAGAUUUACCUUUGCUUCUCAUUAAUCAGACCCGGGUCACAGGUCCUUGCCAAUAGGAGUCAUCCCCUAGGCCUGGGGAAGGAAAGGCCUACAUUCCAUAAGACCGAGGUAUGUCCACAACCCCUUGAAUGUAAACUUGGGAUUCUAGCAGCGUGGAGAAGGGUGACAGUGGCCAUUGGACAGGCAGCGUUUGAGUGGGGGACCGCCCUGGAUGUGCGGGCCAUCAGGUUCUCAUCAAAGCUGUCUCAGUUGCAAGGAACAGACAUUUAACUCGGGCUGAUCAUCAGAAUGAGAAGUAGAAGUGGAGCAACAGGAAGGGAGCAACAGACCCCAUCCAAAAGGGUUGAAUGCUAUGGAGCUGCAGCUGACCCUGUUGCAUGGUGAGUCCAGUGUGACCAGAUCUCCUGAUUUUCAAGACUGGAUUUUUAUGGGAAAUCUCCAAGUUUUGGAAUGUUGAAUCAAAAACAUUUUAAAUGAUGUGUGAGCUGAAUAAAAUUCAUAUUCAGUCCAGGUUGAUGGGCACUUGAUGGGCUGCCGGUUUGUAACCUCUGACAUGUUACAGAUUUGAACAAAAAUAAAAUGGAGGCUAGGGGCA